AUGGAAAAUGCAGCAACUCCUGGACACAUUUGGUGUGCGGGAAAGUGGGUCAAAAAUAGCAAAUUGCAAAACAAGCAAGAUGACAAAGAUAGGUUAAUUACCAAUUUGAAAAUCAUUCAGGACUAUCUCUGCUCUUUCAAGUCACAGGGUCUGACAGUUGCCAAUAUAUCAGCCACAACAUUCCCUCAAACACUGGACUGGCUGCAUGGCUAUCUUCUUCAGAGUAUAGAUAAUUGCUAUGGCACUCGAUGCCGAAUGUGGAGGAACAACUUGUUAACAUUAGGCGCUGAAAGCAACUACAUAGAUGCAGUGGCUGAAAGCAAAUAA